AUGAAGAGUUUGAGAAAAGAGCUGAUGAAAAUCAAUAUGGAAUUUGGUAAUUUUGAGAUCAUCAGCACACAAGGCACUAGCACUACUAAUGUUCAGCAUUACGACAAAUUUGAGACAUCACAUUUUUUGCCGGAAGUAGAAAGGAGGGAAGGAGAAAAACAGGAAAUCAUAAACCUGUUGUUACAUGCAAGAUCAAACCAUGAUGAGAGUGAGAUAGUGAUUGUUCCUAUCUAUGCCCUCGGAGGUAUGGGCAAGACUACUUUGGCACAACUAGUAUACAACGAUGACCAAUUCAAGAAGCAGUAUGAUUGUCGUAUAUGGGUUUAUGUCUCCCAAGAUUUCAAUUUAUUGAAAAUAGGAAACUCUAUAAUUUCUCAAGUAUCAGCAGAAGGUGCUCAGCAAAAUAGGGAUCUCCAGAAUAGAGGUCUGCAGGUGAUAAUGGACUGCCUUGAUAACCUACUCUGUAACAAGAAAGUUCUGAUCGUUCUAGAUGACUUAUGGGAGAAAGAUGACACCGAGUUGAGCAAACUGAAAAAUAUGCUUCAUGUGGGCAAGAAGGGCAGUACGAUAGAUGUCAUAGGAACCACACGAGAGGAAGGAAUUUCAAAGAAAGUUUCCACCAGUAAACUAUAUAAGCUACAGCCUUUGAAGGAUGUUGUAUGCUGGGAAAUAAUUAAGAGAUCCAGUAAGUGUAACCAAAACGAAUUUGAGUGGAUAGGACUGGAUAUUGCAAAGAAAUGUGGAGGUGUGCCGUUGGCAGCUGAAGCACUUGGGUACAUGUUACAAUCCAAAGUUAUAUCUGAAUGGAAAAACAUAAAUGACAGUGAUAUCUGGAAUGAAACAUCAGAUGAUAGAGUGCUUCCAUCCUUGAGGUUGAGUUAUCAAAGGAUGCCACAGCAGCUGAGGAUAUGUUUUUCCUAUUGUGUCAUAUUCUCAAAAGGACACAAUAUUGUUGAAAAUGACUUGAUUCACCAAAGGAAUGUGUUGGGUUUCAUUGAGACAUCAAAGGGGAAGGAAUACAUCAAGCACCUUUUGGGAAUGUCCUUCCUUCAAGUUUCAAAGACACCCUCGUACGUCACACAGCUCAUAUAG